AUGAUUGCGCCCUUGGCGUUUAGCGUCUUUCUGACGACACUUGCGGCUGUCUCUGCGGAACCACCUGUGAAUUCUUACCUUCCACCUGGUUCAGGAGGUGGUAAAAAUGGUUUAGGCGGUUCGGCACCCAGUUCCUCUUAUGGAGCUCCAGGAAAUGGUGCCGGCGGUGGCUUUGGAAAUGGUGGUUUAUCUUCUACAUACGGAGCUCCUAAUGGAAAUGGAGGAAAUGGUGGGUUAUCAUCUACAUACGGAGCUCCCAAUGGAAAUGGAGGAAAUGGAGGCGGGCUCAGCUCCACUUAUGGUGCUCCCGGUGCAAAUGGAAACGGAUUUGAAGGUGCUAGCAAUGGUCUGAGUGCCACAUACGGUGCUCCAAACGGUGGUGGUUUUGGUGGAAACGGCAAUGGCGGUGCCCCAAGUUCUUCAUAUGGUGCUCCUGGUGCUGGCAACGGAGGAAAUGGAGGCGGCCGUCCAUCAUCUUCUUACGGUGCACCCGGUGCUGGAGGAUCAGGCAAUGGAUUUGGGGGAAGACCAAGCUCAUCUUACGGAGCACCUGGGAACGGUAAUGGUGCUAACGGGGGCCGAGGCGGCCGACCCAGUUCAAGAUAUGGUGCACCGGGCAAUGGCAACGGUAACGGUAAUGGCAACGGAGGUCGACCAAGCUCCUCUUAUGGUGCGCCAGGAUCUAAUGGAAAUGGUGGCCGACCGAGCUCGUCAUACGGAGCUCCUGGUUCUGGAAAUGGUUUUGGGGGAAAUGGCGGUAGACCUAGUUCAUCCUAUGGAGCUCCAGGGGCUAACGGAAAUGGAAACGGCGGUGCUCUUGGACAGCCUAGCUCUUCUUACGGAGCUCCAGGCCAGAAUGGUAAUGGUGGCGGCUUAAGUUCAACAUAUGGAGCACCAGGAGCAGGCAAUGGUGGCUUCGGCGGUAACGGCGGUGGUCUCAGUUCUACAUAUGGUGCACCAGGAUCAGGCAACGGUGGCUUUGGAGGUAACGGACUUAGCUCUACGUAUGGCGCUCCUGGAUCCGGAAAUGGAGGCUUCGGUGGUAAUGGAGGUGGGCUGAGCUCAACAUAUGGCGCACCUGGAGCAGGUAAUGGGUUUGGAAAUGGUGGUGGAUUAAGCUCCACAUACGGAGCACCUGGUGCAGGCGGUGCUGGGGGCGCUGCUGGUUUUGCGGGCGGACUCGGUCAAGCAGGAGGCGCUGGAAGCUUUGGAUCUAAUGGCUUUGGCGGCAGCGGCUUUGGAGGAGACGACGGAAGCAGUGAGCCGGCCAAGUAUGAAUUCAGUUAUGACGUGCAGGAUCCCGAAAGUGGAAACAGUUUUGGGCACUCAGAAUCACGAGAUGGAGAUUUAGCAACAGGUCAGUUCAACGUGUUGCUACCAGACGGAAGGCGUCAGGUUGUAGAAUAUGAGGCUGACGCUGACGGUUUCAGACCACAGAUUCGUUACGAAGGUACGAAACGCGAUGAAGGAUUUGGCAACGGUGCAGGAGGUGCUGGUGGUGCAGGCGGUUACGCAUCUGGAGGCCCUGGCGGUGCUGGCGGCGCAGGUGGCUAUCCAGGAGGCGCUGGAGGCAAGAUUAUUAUUAAUGCAAUUUAG